AUGCAAAUCACCCUAAAAACUCUGCAACAGCAGACCAUUCAAAUUGAGAUAGACCCCGAACAAACGGUGAAGGCUUUAAAAGAGAAGAUAGAAGCAGAGCGAGGAAAAGACAAUUUUCCUGUAUCUGGACAGAAGCUGAUAUAUGCUGGAAAAAUUCUACAAGAUGACACACAAAUAAAGGACUAUAAAAUAGAUGAGAAAAAUUUUGUUGUAGUCAUGGUGUCAAAGGCUAAGACCCCAGCUGCUGCCGCAGCACCUCCAGCUUCAGAAGCACCCAAACCUUCUGCCCAGGAUUCUGGUUCCACGUCAACAUCUGUCCCCACUUCAACCUCAGCUCCAAUUCCAACUCCAGCCCCAACCUCCACUCCUGCAGCUGUCCUCACACCGGCUGAUGAGGUCAAGGAAGAACCAAGUGUUACAGCAACAGAAAACCCACAACCAGCCAGUUCCAGUGGAGGGAGCCAGGGUUUGGAUGCCUCUUCCGCACUUGUGACUGGGGCAGAGUAUGAAGCAAUGCUGAAAGAGAUCAUGUCUAUGGGCUAUGAGAGGGAACGAGUGGUGGCAGCACUACGAGCCAGCUUCAACAAUCCUCACAGAGCUGUGGAGUACCUUCUUACUGGUCUCCCGAGCAGCCCAAUCCAGGACACGAAUCCCCCGGCGCACACACCAGCUUCUGGACCCACAGAAGCGCCAUCUCUAGCAGAAGGAGACAACCCCCUUGCAUUCCUGCGGACUCAGCCCCAGUUUCUUGACAUGAGGCAGGCAAUCCAGCAGAACCCUGCAAUGCUUCCAGCUCUCCUGCAACAGCUUGGCAGGGAGAACCCCCAACUCUUGCAGCAAAUCACUCAGCACCAGGAGCUGUUCAUCCAAAUGCUAAAUGAGCCGGUGGGCGAGGGCGGAGAAGUGCCAGAGGUGGGCGAGAUAGGGGCAGCAGGCGAGGAAGGUGCGCCAGUUAACUAUAUUCAAGUUACACCUCAGGAGAAGGAAGCCAUUGAAAGGCUAAAAGCGCUGGGCUUCCCUGAGGCACUCGUCAUUCAGGCCUACUUUGCCUGCGAGAAGAACGAGAACCUGGCUGCCAACUUUCUUCUCAACCAGGGCCUGGAAGACGACUGA